UGAACGGCACUGGGUGCUCGCACGCAUUCAAAAGUAGUUUUAUCCGCAAAGCCUCCCUUGACGCACGCGAAGUACAAACUGCCUACGCUAUAGUUUUCGAAAACAAAUUUUGGUGUAUAUUGUGUUCAUGUUAAGUGGAUAGUGUUUGACUUAAAAGGAAAGAUGGGGUUCUCAAGCACAGCAAUUGUAUUGCUAUGUAUAGCAUCACAAGUAUUUGCGGCCCCCCAAUUCAUUACAUUCAAAGAAGGCAAAGUGGGCGUAAACUUCGGCGGUUACCACGCGGCAGCUGGGCUGGGAGGAGUAUUAGGUAACGGCGGAGCCGGUGGGCUGUUUGCCGAGGCCGGCACUCCUCACGGGCAAGCGGCGGCUGCCGGGCUAGGCGGUGGAGCCAGCGGUGGUGGGAGUGGAGGUGGUUUAUACGCCGGCGCGACCGCCGGAGGCAACGUGAAAGCGGCCGCGGGACUCGCCGGAGGCGCCGAUGCUGAGAAAUCUGGUGGCGUUGGGUUCGCUGGAGCUUCCGCUGGCAAUCGCAACGCUGCUGCUGGAUUGGGCGGUGAAUCCGGUGUUGCAGGAUCAUCAGGAUUUACUUACUCAAGCAGCAAGUCAUUCGGGCUUUCGUCUGGAGCUGUUGAGCAACCCGUCAGUCACGUCGACAAAAAAGUGCACACUGAAUUCGAUUUCAAUGCUGCAUCGCCCGUUGUACCUUUAACUAGUACCGUUGUAAAAUCCAAGACCAAAGUCAAGGAAGUACACGUUGAACAACCUCCGCCGGUGGUCGUUGAAAAACACUUCAUCCAGCCUCAACCGGUAGUGGUUGAGAAGCAUGUUUACCACGAACAACCCGUGGUUGUAGAAAAGCACAUCUACCACAAGAAGCCGCAUCGUUUUCAUAACAAGGUGUCAGUCCACGGAUACAUAGGUGGAGCUGGGGCGUUACCUCCUCCCCCUCCGAUUGAAAAGAGGAUUGAUGUUGGAGUCGAGAACUAUGCCAGUGCUGGAGCUGAUGCUGGGGUUGCCCACGGUGGUAACCACCAAGUCUCUUACACCAAGCAAGUUAAUUUCCAAAGGAAUCCGCAAUUCUUUGCCGAUAUAUUCAACAUUCCAAUUUCUACUUUGAAAGCGGUGGGGAAUUUCCUGGGCAACACAGCCGGGAGCACCAGCGUUUCGGUCCAAAAGUCCGCGUCGGUGCAAGCGGGCGCAGGUGCGGGUUUCUAUUAAAUUUAAACAGUGUAUUUUUAUAUGUGUUUUAUAGAAAAGCUAAGGUAAUAAAGUAUAUGCAAUA